UCUGCCGCCUAUGGCUGCUCGUCGUGGGCAUCCCUGAGCCGCUGGCCUCGUCCCCGGACCGUUCCCCCUGCAGCUGUCAUCUGAAGGUCUUCGAAUCAGGGAGACGUCUCUAUACGAUCAGCGUUAUUUUGUAUCUUUUUUCUUUUCUACAUCAUCACCCUUGAAGAACCCGUUGAUAUGCUGGGCCCAUCUCUCUAGAUCUUCCGAUCAAUACACCCGAGCUCUCAUCCCACCUCCCGUCCGCCCGAGACCCCUGGUCCUCUCAUCGAGCCCUUGACGAUGCAUCCUCACGCAGCCAUGCUGGCGAUGGUCCUCCUGGGGAACUUGGCGCUGCCUUUCGCCUCGGCUCAAAACGCUGGGUUUGUGAAGUCGCCCAUGUCUGAGACUAAGCUUACGGGGGACACCUUUGAGCUGUACUGCGACGUGGUCGGCAACCCCACACCAGAGAUCCAGUGGUGGUAUGCUGAGAUCAACCGAGCGGACUCCUUCAAGCAGCUGUGGGACGGAGCCCGCAAACGUCGGGUAUCUAUCAACACGGCGUACGGCACCAAUGGGGUCAGUGUGCUCGGCAUCACGCGCCUCACACUGGAGGACUCUGGGACCUAUGAGUGCCGAGCCAGCAACGACCCCAGGCGCAAUGACCGCCGACAAAACCCUGCCAGCACCUGGAUCCGCGCCCAGGCCACCAUUUCAGUGCUACAGAAACCAAAGAUCAAUGCCUCUGAUCAGAUCAUCCUGUCAGCGGAAACCUCAGGCAAACCUGUUAACCUGCAGUGUAACCUCACCACUGCCCACACCCCUCACAAGGAAAGCUUCUGGAUGAAGAAUGGACAGGAGAUCACCAAUACAAGGACAGAUCAAAUGAACACAUCGCACAGAAUCAUUAAACCACGAGCGGACGUUUCUGGGGAAUACAUGUGUGUGUUCACAUUUGACAUGGCACCAAAUGCAAAUGCAACAAUCGAAGUAAAAGCAAAACCUGAUAUCACCGGCCACAAGAGGAGUGAAAAUAAAAACGAGGGGGAAAAUGCAACAAUGUACUGUAAGUCUGUUGGUUACCCACAUCCCACCUGGACAUGGCGUAAAGUGGACGGAACAUCCUACAUGGAAAUUGACAACUCUACUGGACGCUUCUUCAUCUCCAGCCGAGACAACUACACAGAGCUCUACAUACUAAACCUGGACAUAGAAACAGAUCCUGGGAUAUAUGAAUGCAAUGCCACCAACGUGAUAGGAAACACAGCUGAUACCACUAUUCUGCGUGUGCGCAGCCAUCUUGCACCGCUUUGGCCUUUCCUUGGAGUGCUAGCAGAGAUUAUAAUCCUAGUUGUCAUCAUUGUUGUGUACGAGAAACGCAAGACGCCGGACGACAUCAUCGAGGACGAUGAACCAGCAGCACCAAUGAAAACAAAUUCAACAAACAACCACAAGGACAAAAACAUUCGCCAGAGGAAUACAAAAUAAGCAAUUUACUCAAGUGAGAUGGCUAAAAACUGUGUUAUUGUGACAAGAUGAAGGUGUCAGCGGUGGAUAGAUCUCCAGGCAGUUUCGAAUAUAAGCAUAUCUUGUCUCUUUUUAUGAGAAACAAUAUCAGCAUAACACUGGCAACAAAAAGAACAUAACGGCUGUCUUAAGCAUGCCUUAUUCAGUCUUACGUGGAGAUUUCAGGAUGACGAAUAAUGACUAAAGCCACCUCAAAGGUGUACACAUUUUUAAUGUGCUGUUGAUGUCUCCUUUAUUGAUUUCAUCAUGUCCUCGAUUGAGGUAAUCCCUUUUGUAUUACAUAUCAUGUACAAUGCAUGCAAGAUUAUUACGCAAUAGGAUACUCAGAAUAGACAUUUUCUGUUGUUAUCCCCCUCGUGUGGCUUUUUUUGCAUCCAAAA